UUCGCGAUUCAGUUUUAAUUUUAGUUGUCUUUUUAAUUUUUUUGGGGCACGUCCUCUUCCUUAGCCCUUAUCUCUCUCUCGUAACAAAGCAAAAGCGUAUCUCUCUCUUAUUCUAUCUGCGCCUCCUUGCUUAUCUUCUCCUUCGAAAACCCUAGUACCUAAGAAAUCGCCAUGAAAGGUGGCAAGUCGAAGGCUGACACCGGAAAAACCGACAGCAGGCUGAAGAGUAAAGGUGCUGGAGCUGGCAAGAGACAAUCGAAGAAAGCUGCAAAGGAUCCAAACAAGCCGAAGAGGCCUGCGAGUGCCUUCUUCGUUUUCAUGGAGGAGUUUCGGAAGCAAUACGCAAAAGAGCAUCCCAACAACAAAGCCGUUUCCGCGGUCGGUAAGGCGGGAGGAGAAAAAUGGAAAUCGAUGUCUGAAUCCGAGAAAGCUCCCUUUGUAGCCAAGGCAGAGAAGAGGAAAACGGAGUACAACAAGAACAUGCAGGCUUACAAUAAGAAACUGGCGGGAGGAGACGGAGCGGAUGAGGAAGAGUCUGACAAGUCCAAGUCCGAAGUGAACGAUGAGGAAGAAGGGGACGAAAGCGGCGAGGAAGAAGAAGAGGAUGAAGAAUAAAGAAAAGCGCGGGUAGUUUGUCCAUGAUAAGAUAGCUGCUUUUUAUAUUUUGAAAUUUCGCGUAGGAGUAGAUAGAGCGAAGAAGGGAUUAGUUUCAGGAUCUUCCUGAAUCCCAUAUGGUUCUGUACCUAAUCUUUUCGUUUCCAAGUAUAUCCUUUUAAUUUCCUUGACUUAAAUCUGUUUGCCUGACCUUUUUGGACCAAUUGAAAUAUCUGUUUCAGGCGAAAAGUGAAACUUUUCAGUAAUGGGAUAAAUUGCAAACUGGUUGGGGAGGAAA